UUCUAUGGUGUAAUUGGAAUCGGAAACCGAAGCCAGGGAAAAGGAGGGCGAGAAGUAGAGAGGGAGGAGAGAGAGAGAGAGUGCACGACAGUGAGGCAGAAAAUCGAAAGCCUAGUUUCUCUCUCUCCGUAAUUCUGUAAAGAAAGCCGUCCUUUUCUUCGAUAAUUAGGUUUUCUACAACGAACUCAAAAUGCAUAAAUUGGGCAGAGGGCACCGUGACAAAGUUCAGCAAUUCAUGGCAAUAACUGGAACAAGUGAAAAAGUAGCUCUCCAGGCUUUGAAGGCCAGUGAUUGGCACCUUGAAGGAGCCUUUGAUAUAUUCUACAGUCAGCCUCAGGUUAAAGCCAUUCCUGAUUCUAGGCAUCUUGAAGAGCUUUACAAUAGAUAUAAAGAUCCUUAUGUUGAUAUGAUUCUAGCAGAUGGUAUCUCUCUUCUUUGCAAUGACCUACAGGUCGAUCCUGGGGACAUUGUAAUGUUGGUUGUUUCCUGGCAUAUGAAGGCUGCUACCAUGUGUGAAUUUUCAAGGCAGGAGUUCGUAGGUGGAUUACAGUCAUUGGGGGUAGAUUCACUUGAGAAGUUCCAUGAAAGGAUACAGUUUAUGCGAUCAGAACUAAAGGAUGAGCAAAAGUUCCGUGAGAUAUACAACUUUGCCUUUGGCUGGGCUAAAGAAAAGGGCCAGAAAUCGUUGGCAUUGGAUACAUCCAUUGGGAUGUGGCAGCUGUUGUUUGCUGAAAAGCAGUGGCCUUUGGUUGAUCACUGGUGCCAGUUCUUGCAGGCCCGGCAUAACAAAGCAAUCCCAAGGGAUACUUGGUCUCAACUACUGGAGUUUGCUAGGACGGUGGAUUCCACUCUAUCGAACUAUGAUGCAGAAGGUGCUUGGCCCUACCUCAUCGAUGAAUUUGUUGAAUAUUUAAUUGAGAAUGGUAUUUUCCAAAAAAGCAGCUGAGAGGAGGAAACUGAAGAUGGACUGUGGGAGUUGGUGUAUGCUAGUUUUGGGUUCUGUCUUUCGCUUUCUAUGGUGUGAUUUGAGUUGUGCUGCGACAAAGGUCUAUGAAAAUCGAAAACCCUGAUGAGGGCCUCUUAGCUGCUUGUAUUCUCCUUGUACCAAAAAAAUGGAAAAGGAAGGAGGGAAAAAAAAUACUGAAAAACGUUAAGCCCCUUCCUUUCUGCCAAUUGAUUCACUAUUGUAGUUGAUAUGAUUGUUAGUAAAUAUUAUAUAUGCUUCUUAUUUCAGUGACAGAAUCUGAACCUACUGAUGGGGUAACAGAGCUUCAGUAAGGGGUUGAGAUUUGAAAAUAAAGAAGAAAUUUUCAUAACCGAAUGGGGUUUUGGAAAAACAUGAUUCUGUGUUGUUUGUAAUAUCUAGUAUGUAAUAUUUCUCAAAUCUCAAUAGUA